UCUGGGGGCGGGGGGGAGGACCCUGACGUCGUGCUGUGUACACUGCAUUGUACACCUUGUCUUGCCGGAUGAAGUGACUGACGCCAGCAUCUACAGAAGUUCCCCUUCAUUUUAACCAUCCAGAGAUUUAGAAAUAGCUCCAAAACUUACGAAAGACUUGACUUGAAAAUUUUCCAGGAGUCGUUCACUGAAGCAACACAUCUGGAUACUUUCCAAUAAAAGUUUAAUCAAAUUUUAGGAGCAGGAAAGUGUCCUGUUCUGAGCUCCCUCGGACCCCCUUCCAGGAGGAAAAUAGCUCCUCCACACCUUACCCCACCUCUCCAGUCAAACACUCCCCGGUUCCACCGAAGCAGGCAGAGCUCGCAGCGCGACUCAAGGGGGUGCGGGACCACCCUCAGCCUCGGGGUAGUCCGAGUGUCUCCUCUGCGUCCCCAGCUCCCCCCGACUCCCCUAAACCUCCGGCGGAACGCAGCGCUGUUCCUUUAAUAAUCGCGCUGGAAGGGUGUGCGGAGAAGGGCUGAGCCCUCCCGCCUCCUCCUCCACCGCUCCCUUCCCCUCCUCCCUCCCAUCUGAGUUUCAGGUGAAUGGGUCACUAAGGAAGGAGGCCGGCCACACCGCACCUUCUCGCUCGCGCCCACUUUCCCCUCCCUGCUUCCUCAGGCGCUGGCGGCAGGACUCCCGGAGGAGCGAGCCAGAGCGCGGAGGAGCGGACCCAGGAGCAGCAGAUUGGCUUAUCUCAGGAGCUGCUCAGCAUUGCUCAUCCUGAAGUUCAGGUGACCAUUGAUAUCAGCCAUGUCAUCAAGGCCUUUUGAAAGUCCACCUCCCUACAGACCUGAUGAAUUCAAACCGAAUCAUUAUGCACCAAGCAAUGACAUGUAUGGUGGAGAGAUGCAUGUUCGACCAAUGCUUUCCCAGCCAGCAUAUUCUUUUUACCCAGAAGAUGAAAUUCUUCACUUCUACAAGUGGACCUCCCCUCCCGGAGUGAUUCGGAUUCUGUCUAUGCUCAUUAUCGUGAUGUGCAUUGCCAUCUUUGCCUGUGUUGCCUCCACACUUGCCUGGGACAGAGGCUAUGGAACUGCCUUGUUAGGAGGUGGUAUAGGCUACCCUUAUGGAGGAAGUGGCUUUGGUGGCUACGGAAGUGGCUAUGGCUAUGGCUACGGCUACGGUUAUGGCUACGGAGGCUAUACAGAUCCCAGAGCGGCCAAGGGCUUCUUGUUGGCCAUGGCUGCCUUUUGCUUCAUUGCUACAUUGGUGAUAUUUGUUACCAGUGUUAUACGAUCUGAAAUGUCCAGAACAAGAAGAUAUUACUUGAUGGUGAUAAUAGUGAGUGCUAUCCUGGUCAUCAUGAUGUUUAUUUCCACAAUUGUCUACAUAAUGGGGGUCAACCCCACUGCCCAGUCUUCUGGGUCUAUCUAUGGUUCACAGAUAUAUGCCCUCUGCAACCAGUUUUAUGCACCUGUAACUACUGGAGUCUACGUGGAUCAGUAUUUGUAUCACUUCUGUGUGGUGGAUCCCCAGGAGGCCAUUGCCAUUGUACUGGGGUUCUUGGUUAUUGUGGCUUUUGCUUUAAUAAUUUUCUUUGCUGUGAAAACUCGAAGAAAGAUGGACCGCUAUGACAAGUCAAAUAUUUUAUGGGACAAGGAACACGUUUAUGAUGAGCAGCCCCCCAACGUUGAGGAGUGGGUUAAAAAUGUGUCUGCAGGCACACAAGACAUGCCUCCGCCCCUCUCUGACUAUGCGGAGAGAGUUGACGGUUCCUUGGCAUACUCUUCCAAUGGCAAAGUGAACGACAAGCGGUUUUAUCCAGAGUCCUCCUAUAAAUCCACACCGGUGCCUGAGGUGGUUCGGGAGCUCCCAGUGGCUUCACCUGUGGAUGACUUCAAGCAGCCUCGUUACAGCAGCAGCAGUAACAUUGAGACACCUUCAAAAAGGGCUCCCACUAAGGGCAGAGCAGGAAAGACGAGGAGAACGGAGCAAGACCACUACGAGACGGACUACACAACUGGUGGCGAGUCCUGUGAUGAGCUGGAGGAGGACUGGAUCAGGGAAUAUCCACCUAUCAUCUCAGAUCAAGAAAGACAACUCUACAAGAGAGAUUUUGACACUGGCCUGCAGGAAUACAAGCGCUUACAAGCAGAACUUGAUGAGAUCAAUAAAGAGCUCUCUCGUCUGGAUAAAGAAUUGGAUAACUAUAGAGAAGAAAGUGAAGAGUACAUGGCGGCUGCUGAUGAAUACAACAGACUGAAGCAGGUUAAGGGAUCUUCAGAUUACAAAAGUAAGAGGAAUUAUUGCAAGCAGCUGAAGAGCAAAUUGGCACACAUCAAGAAGAUGGUUGCAGACUAUGAUAGACGGAAAACAUAGAAGGUGGACGCCACAUAGUUUGAGAAAUUAAGUAUCUGUCUGAUUUCUCUGCAGUGUUCUCAGAAGGCAGAUGACUUGGAUCAUAACCCAGGAAGUCAAACUUUUCUGAUCAUUAUAGACUUUGGUUGCUUUAAUAUCAUCAGUGUUGAAGCAUUUAUCAAUAGGCUUUCAUAAUGAACUGGGCUAAACACUCCAGUUAAGGAUUUUAUGCUUUAAACAUGGGUUCUUGUAUUAAGAAUGAAAUACCAUUUAAAGUUUUUAAACCAUAAGGGAAGGUCCUGGUGUGAACUGUGUGGUGAACUUUCACAUACCAGACAGCAUCUUAAUAUUUACAUAUGUGCAUUCAUUCACACAGAUCUCAUUUAAUCCUCCCAGUAACUGUUCAGAUAACUAUUAUUUAUAAUCAUUUCUUUUCAGAUAAAGAAAGUAGGUCUCGUAGGUCUCUGCAGUGAAGUCUCUGGAAAGUGAGACUGGCUUAUUUCCUAGCACACAGAUUUGGUUAAGUCUGUUUUAUGACUAUUUAAUAAUAAAUUCCCUGGUCUUUCAUAUUUUAGCUACUGUGUAUACUGCAUUCUCCCAGCCUCCCUGUUGAUUUUUUUCUGUUGUAUAAAUGGUUAAGAGUUUUUUCUUGUUUUAUGUUAUCCUAAUAAUAAAGAGCAUGUAAAA